AUUUAACAAUUUAUUACACUUCUGCAUUUGGGAAUAUAUAAGCCUAUAUGACAAGUGAAAUUAUUACCAGAUCUGUGUGCAGUGCAACUACUAGAUAAUGGCGUUUUGUGUGUACGCCUUCGCGGCAGCCAUAGUUCUACUGGUGACUGUGGAAGCGCAGGUUAACACCAAAUUCCCAGAUUGUAAAGCGCUGGCGGAGGCCACAGUCCGAUCAGGUGAACGUUGCCCCACGUCGCGGCUGUGGACGAGAUGCACAGAAGAGGAAGCAGUACUGGAAUGCACGCCAUCAUGUCCAAACGUUUUUACGGAAUGUCACGACGGCGGUAAAGCCGGGUUUUAUUUGGUUACUGUGCGCAAUAGAGCUAACUGUAAAUGUAUCUUGAAUGAUGGAAAUGAAAUCCUGGUACCGGGCUUUAGGAUUCCGUACGGGGGCAGACCACCGAAGAUGUGCAAUCCAGUGAAUUGCAACUGUCCACCCGAUGCUACGAUUGUACAGGAAGUACCGUCACCAUGCCCCAGUAUGAACAAGACUGUAUAGAUUACUACAGCCGUUAUAUGUCCUUAACCUGGGCAGUCGAUAUAGUCUCCCGAAAAGUGCCUUGUGGAGAAAAAUUGAAUAAAUGUGUAAUAAACGAAUAAGCCUAAUAAAUGUAACUAAAUAAUAAUUCUAAGCUAAGCGUAGUAAAUAAUAGAAUGAGGUUAUCCCGUCAAGUAUAAUCAUAUUCUACAUGUAGUUUAUUUCUUGAAGUCACUUUCAAAAAACGCAUUCUCUCAUUCCCAAGUUGAAUCACGAAGUCGAGCCCUAAAGAAAUUUGUCCGAUCUAGUCACCCAAUAGAACUGCUUUAGCAUACUUGAGUUAAAACGCAUAUGAGUUAUAAUUCACAUAGAUUAUGUUUAGGGCCGCCCCCUAUGCAUGAUAGUCAUGCCAAUAUUUGUACUAAAUGUUUAUGAUUGCAAGAGAAAUAAAUUGCUUGAUU